UUCUCCUCCCACUCAACAUGGCUGCUUAGCGAGUAGUCCAUGCUCGUUUGUUGACAUUUAUUUGAAAACCAAGCUUAUGUUUUAGUAUAGAACUUACAAAUGCUAUAAAAAUGUCGAGAAUCAUCGUUAAAAAUCUCCCUAACGGGAUGAAGGAGGAGAGGUUCAGGUCGAUGUUUGCUGACUUCGGCACCGUGACAGACUGCUCUCUGAAGUUCACCAAGGACGGAAAGUUCCGCAAAUUUGGCUUCGUGGGUUUUAAAACCGAGGAAGAUGCCACCAGAGCUCUGAAACAUUUCAACAAGAGCUUUGUGGACACAUCCAGAGUCACGGUGGAUAUGUGUAAAGCAUUUGGAGACCCCACUAAAGCAAAAGCUUGGAGUAAGCACACACAGCGCCCCGGGCAGGACAAAACCGCUGCUGCUCCUGACACUGACAGUAAAAAGAAGAGGAAACAGGAAACGAAAACCAACAGCACUCUUGGAAGUCUGGAAGAGGACCAGGGAUUCAAGGAGUUUUUGUCAAUACAUCAGAAUCGAAGCCAAGUACCGACCUGGGCAAAUGACACAUUGCAACAAACGACUGAUCCUGAGAGUGGAUUGACAAAGACUCAGGGCAAGAAGAAGCCUGUGUCAGAUGAUUAUCUUAACUUUGAUUCAGACCAGUCCGAGGAUGAGGAUGAGGAAGAAGAUUAUGAUAAAGAUGAAGGUGCCACCAAAGAAGCCCUGAAGUCUGGCUUGUCAGAUAUGGAGUACCUGCGCUCAAAGGUGGCUCAGGCCGAGGACACCAUGGAAGAGAGUGAAGAGAAGGGUGAUGAUGAGGAUGCGGACUGUGGUUCUGUGCAGCACACAGACAGCGACUAUGAGAGUGGUGACAGAGAAAACAUCCCAAAGACCAAAACUUCAUUUUCCUCUGAGGAUAACAAGAAGGGCAAAGCAAAGAAAACUGGGAAGCAAGAGACGGAGCCGACAACAGAGUUCACAGUGAAGCUGAGAGGAGCCCCGUUCAGUGUUAAAGAGCAACAAAUUCGAGAGUUCAUGACUCCUCUUAAGCCUGCAGCAAUCCGGAUUGGAAAGAACGAAAGUGGAAAUAGAACAGGUUAUGUAUAUGUGGACUUGCACUCUGAAGAAGAGGUGAAAAAGGCUUUGAAGAAGAAUAAAGACUACAUAGGGGGGCGCUACAUUGAGGUCUUCCGUGUGGAUAACCUUGGAGGCAAGGGCAAGAGGUACACAAAGGGCAAAGACAUUGACAGAAACUUCACCAGGAAGCUCAAAGAGGAUGAGGAGGAGGAAGAUGUUGCCGAGUCAGGUCGAAUCUUUGUCAGAAACCUUCCUUACACCUGCACUGAGGAAGAGCUCAAAGAGCUGUUUUCUAAACAGGGUCCUUUAUCUGAAGUGCUCUUCCCUAUCGACAGUCUUACCAAGAAACCUAAAGGAUUUGCUUUCGUAACCUACAUGAUACCAGAGAAUGCUGUGACAGCUCUUGCUCAGCUGGACGGACAUAUAUUUCAGGGCAGGAUGCUUCACCUGCUUCCCUCUACUGUGAAGAAGGAAAAGGCUGAAUCCUCAGAUGCUGGUGCCUCUGGCUCUUCAUCUUACAAACGACUAAAAGAUGCCAAAAAUAGAGCUUCAAGUUCCAGCUCACACAACUGGAAUACGCUGUUUGUUGGCACAAGUGCAGUGGCAGAUGCCAUCGCUGAAAAAUACAACACCACAAAAAGCCAAGUCCUUGAUCAUGAAUCAAAGGGAAGUGUUGCAGUGAGGAUGGCUCUGGGAGAGACACAGAUAAUCCAGGAGACUCGACAGUUCCUAUUAGACAAUGAUGUCAGCUUGGAUUCCUUUAGUCAAGCAGCAGCAGAGAGGAGUACAACUGUGAUCCUGGUGAAAAACCUUCCAGCUGGAGUGACUGUGUCAGAGCUGGAGGCACUCUUCUCACCCCAUGGCUCUUUGGGCCGAGUGCUGCUGCCGCCUUCAGGACUCACCGCCAUUGUCGAGUUCCUGGAGCAAACUGAAGCGAAACGAGCCUUCACAAGGCUGGCCUACAGCAAGUUCCAUCAUGUCCCGCUGUAUUUGGAGUGGGCACCUGUCAGAGUGUUUGUGACAGCCAAACCAGAGCCAGUAUUAGACAAAGAGGAGGAAGUGAAAGAGGAAAAGGAGGAAGAGGAGGAGGAAGAGGAAGAGGAAUCUGCUCCAGGGUCCACGCUUUUUAUUAAGAAUCUUAAUUUUAGCACGACAGAGGAGAAACUGAAAGAAACAUUCUCCAAAUGUGGCAAGGUCACAUCCUGCACCAUCUCUAAGAAGAAAGAUAAAUCAGGCAAGCUGUUGUCCAUGGGCUAUGGUUUUGUCCAGUAUAAGACAGCAGACGCUGCACAGAAGGCCCUGAGGCAGCUACAGCACUGCACUGUGGACAAUCACCAGUUAGAGCUGAAGAUUUCUGAGAGAGCCACAAAGACGACUGCUGUGUCACGCAAGAAGAAGCAAGUUGAGAAAAAGCAGUUGGGAUCCAAGAUCCUUGUGCGCAAUGUUCCCUUUCAAGCCACUGUCAGGGAAAUUCGAGAACUCUUCUGUACAUUUGGAGAGCUGAAGACUGUCCGUCUUCCAAAGAAAGCAGCUGGUUCAGGGAAUCAUAGAGGCUUUGGUUUUGUUGAUUUCCUUACCAAACAAGAUGCUAAGAAAGCAUUUACAGCAUUGUGCCACAGCACACAUCUGUAUGGGAGACGCCUUGUGCUGGAGUGGGCUGAUGCUGAGGACACAGUGGAGACAUUGAGACGGAAAACAACCGAACAUUUUCAUGUGGCUGCCAAAAAGCAGCGGAAGACAGAAGUUUUGGAGGGUAUCCUGGGAACAAUGGAAACUGAAGGGGGUGUGGAAGACUGAGUUCUCUAAAUGUCUCCAUCGGACCAGUGCUUGUAUUUGUGCUGUGUGAAUAGAUCUGUGAACAAAUAUGUGCCUGAAUGGUAUCUCCAGAGUGAUCAACUUGUAAUGAAUGGUGUUUGUUGAAAGACAGUAACUUUUGUAGAGAAUGAUUAAACAAAACAUACACAAGAA